CCCGAGAGUAACAGAACCGCAAGUCAUCAGUGGUCAUUGAAAGUAAUUUCUGACUUCAAAAAUGAAUUUGAUGCACGAACAUGGAUGUGUUGAAGAGUACCAACAUGGCCCUAAGCAGGCGCACUUUAGCCCAUACGCAUUCAACGGAGGAACUGUGUUGGCUAUAGCAGGAGAGAAGUUUGCUGUUGUAGCCUCUGAUACUCGACUAAGCGAGGGCUUCUCAAUCCACUCCAGGGAGACCCCAAAGACAUACCAGCUGACAGAAACAACUGUUUUAGGCUUAUGUGGUUUUCAUGGAGAUGCUUUGACGCUGAAAAAAAUUCUAGAUGCCAGAUUAAUGAUGUAUGAACAUGAACACAACAAGCAGAUGUCCACCUCAGCCAUAGCGGCCAUGAUCUCCACCAUUCUCUACUACAGACGAUUUUUCCCCUACUAUGUCUACAACAUUGUAGCAGGCAUUGAUGAUGAAGGGAAAGGCUGUGUGUUCAGUUUUGACCCUGUGGGAUCAUAUGAGCGUGAGUCGUACAGAGCCGGGGGUUCAGCUAGCUCCAUGUUACAGCCGUUGUUAGAUAACCAGAUAGGCUACAAGAACCAGGAGGGAGUGAAACAUGUGAAGCUGUCCCAGGAGAAGGCCGUAGCUCUGGUCAAGGAUGUGUUCAUAUCUGCUGCUGAGAGAGAUAUCUACACUGGAGACGCAAUUCUCAUUAACGUUAUCACAGCAAAGGGAGUUAAGUGUGAAGAUUUCCAACUCAGGCGAGACUGAUCUCCCCUUUUUGUAACUGUAACCCUAACGGGCUCAAGGGCGGUUGACUUUUGACUUGGAGAUGUGGAAUGUAAAAGUUACCAGGGUGGAAAUUGAGCAGUGGAGAAUGUGUCUGUUCUGAAGGGAAAAUCUAUCAUCAAUCGCCAUCAUCAAGCAUCAAUAAAAUGUUGACUUUUUGAAAAUUUGAAUAUUGAAUUUUCCUUCGUCAGCAUGGCCAAGAAUAUGAAAAAACCUUUACAGGGUGUGAAAAGGACAAAGCUGUCAAAAAUAAUCGUCAUAACUGUCCACAUUUUCUGAAUUUUUUUUUCUAGUUAGUAUAUUUAUCGAGUGCUUCGCAGUGUACUAGAACUAUUCUUCAAAAGCCAAUGGUUUAAGAUAUUUCUAUGACUUAAAAUAUGUUAUGUCAGACAUGAUCCUGACAAUGGUGUGAUCAGUUCGUUCGCCACACGUGUAAGGCUGAAUAAGUUAUCUUUACACGAUUCAUCCUUGGUCAUUUGACAUUGUCACAUAUGAAAUAAAUUGUGCAACUUGCUUUAA